GUGGUAAUGGUGCGGACCCAGUCGGUGAACAGCGCGCAGUGUGGCGGGAAGGAGAAGCGAAAGUAAAGUCGGGAGUCAGAGAGGAAACAGCAGCAGCCCAGAUGGAAACUUCAACUUCUUUGUUAUCCUCAACUUUCCUCACAUGUUGGAUUAUCUUGUUUGUGGGUUCUGCCUGUGGAGACUCACAGGAGGUGAAAGUGAUGCCUGGACAGGACGUCACUCUUGAUUGUGAGGGUCCCAGAGAUGUCCCCAUCUCACUGUUGGAGUGGAGCAGAACUGACCUGAAGUCAGGUCAAUAUGUCUUCUUUGUCAGAGACGGCCACACAUAUGAAGACUACCAGCUUCCAUCUUUCCACGGUCGAGUGGAGCUGAGAGAUCCAGAGAUGAAGGACGGAGACGCUUCUGUUGUCCUGAAGAACGUCACCACCAACGACUCUGGAACAUAUGUGUGUUGGAUUACAGCUCAUAGCAAUGGACAGAAGAAGAUAUCCAGGUACUCCGUCAAGCUGAAGGUUGAAGUCCACCAGGUGGAGGUGUAUUCAGGGAUGGAGUCUGUCCAGCUGCCCUGUGAGUUUGAAACUUUUGAAAUGAAGGACCCCACAGUGGUGUGGAGCCGCGACGAUCUCAAUCCUCCAACCGUCCACCAGCGUCAGCAGGAAGGUGAUGAACUUACACAUCAAAACCAGAUUUACAGCGGCCGAACAUCCAUGAUGGCUGACGCUCUGGAAACUGGAGACCUCAGCCUCAAUCUGACAAAACUCCUCCUCUCUGACAGCGGCACCUACACCUGCACCGCCAGAGAGUUAGGAGGACAACGGAGAGUGAGAAACAUACAGCUGAAGGUCAAAGAACGAUUUCCAUCCUGGGCCAAAGUUCUCCUGGUUCUCCUGGUUCUCCUGGCUGUCGGUCUUGCUGCUGGGGGUCUUUUUGUACAUUGUCGCCCGUAUUUCAUGUCAGUCUGUCAGGUGGAGGUGGAUUCAGGGGUGGAGUCUGUCCUGCUGCCCUGCAAAACCACAGUUCACCUGCCUAAAGACUUCACAGUGAAGUGGAGGGACAGUUACAACAGGACGGUCCACGUGUAUGAGAACAGGUCUGACCGGUCUGGAGAACAGUUCAGUCUUUACCGAGACCGAACAGAGAUGAAGGGAAACCUGCUGAAACCUGAAGACCUCAGUCUGACCCUGAAAUUCCCCACAGAGAGAGACAGAAACACCUACACCUGCACCGUCUACAGCAGGGAGGGAAGGAUCCUGAUGGAGAAAAAAGUGGAGCUCCGGGUCAGAGUCUGUCAGGUGGAGGUGGAGGAGGGGGUGGAGUCUGUCCUGCUGCCCUUCAAGACAACAGCUGGCCUGCCUGAGGACACGGAAGUGAAGUGGACGGACAGAUACUACAGGAUGGUCCACGUGUAUCAGAAAGACUCUGACCGGUCUGGAGAACAGUUCAGUCUUUACAGAGGCCGAACAGAGAUGAAGGAAGACCUGCUGAGAACUGGAGACCUCAGUCUGACCCUGAAAUCCCCCACAGACACAGACAGUAACACCUACACCUGCACCGUCUACAGCAGGGAGGGAAGGAUCCUGUUGAAGAAACAGGUGGAGCUCCGGGUCAAAGUCUGUCAGAUGGAGGUGGAGGAGGGGGUGGAGUCUGUCCUGCUGCCCUUCAAGACCACAGCUGGCCUGCCUGAGGACACGGAAGUGAAGUGGAGGGACAGUUACUACAGGAUGGUCCACCUGUAUCAGAAAGACUCUGACCGGUCUGGAGAACAGUUCAGUCUUUACAGAGGCCGAACAGAGAUGAAGGAAGACCUGCUGAGAACUGGAGACCUCAGUCUGACCCUGAAAUACCUCACAGACACAGACAGUAACACCUACACCUGCACUGUCUACAGCAGGGAGAGAAGGAUCCUGAUGGAGAAACAGGUGGAGCUCCAGGUCAGAGUCUACCAGGUGGAGGUGGAGGAGGGGGUGGAGUCUGUCCUGCUGCCCUUCAAGACCACAGCUGACCUGCCUGAGGACACUGAAGUGAAGUGGACGGACAGAGACUACUGGAUGGUCCACGUGUUUCAGAAAGACUCUGACCGGUCUGGAGAACAGGACCAGGUUUACAGAGGCCGAACAGAAAUGAAGGAAGACCUGCUGAGAACUGGAGACCUCAGUCUGACCCUGAAAUCCCCCACAGACAGAGACGGAGGAACUUAUAAGUGCAGAGUCUACAGCAGGGACAUCCUGAGACUGAAAACAGUGCAGCUCAAAGUCAAAGAGAGAAGAACAGAAGACGCUCCUCUGCUGGCUGAGCAAUCUGUUUGAUCGGUCUGUCGCUGGAUCUUUGAUUAUUGAUUCGAUCUGACUUUGGAUCAGAGAAAAAAUGGAGGUGAAGCAGCUGAUGGAGGACGGAUGAAGACCGGAGGACGCUUUGUCAGCUUCUUCUUCACUCUGACUUCUCUCACUGACUCUCACACACAGUCUACACACUCACUAUUGAUUACUGUUGAUCAGUAAUGUCAGAGUGAGGUCAGUGUGAUGUCACAUGUUGACAUGUUUGGACUGAAACAUGUCUUUUGGAGACUUUUAGUGUCCAUGAAGGUCACUUGUGGUUUAGAUCCUCUGAAUUUGGACAGAGGUCUCACUCUGGAGGAAACUCUGCACGUUUUAUUCGCACACUCAACAUGUUCCAGUUUGAAUCAGGUCCUUCAACACAUUUUCUAAAGCGUCUCACAGUUCUGCAAACAUUUCGUCCACUUCCCUCCUUCGUGUCUCUGUUCAGCACCAGCAUUUCUUUGUCCUGCAAAAGGCUGUCACGCACUCUGAACAUGGAGCUCGUGUGUCAACAGAAAACUGAUUCAUUAACAAGAGCAUUGCUGUGUCUUAUUGGAGUCCAGACUGUCACAUGUCCAAUGACUCGUCCACAGAAAAUGGACUUGGGUCUGGGUCUGAGAAGACCAUCUGUGGAAAUCAGGGACAUGUUUGUGUCAUUAUUUUUAACUGUGAAUUAGAGGCUGCUAGUACUGAAUUAUCCCGCUCUGAGUACACAUGCGUCCUUAAUGAGCAUAGUGCCUCUAAAUUCUCUACACUGUUCAAUUCUCCUGGCAAUGUGUUUCCCGAUUCCUCCAACACCAACGAUUUGGUUGAUUCUUUUAACUUCCUGUGUUCUUCAACCUUAGAUCUCAUAGCUCCAUAGACCAAACUCAAAGACUAGAAAACAGCCAUGGUUAAAUGACAGUACUCGAAGCUGUAAAAAGAAAUGCAGAAGAGCAGAACGCAGAUGGAAGAAAUCAGGUCUCCAGGUCCACUUUGUGGCUAUGAGAGAGUUAUUACUCCUUUAUAAUAGGAUGGUGAAAGAUGCAAGAACAUGUCAUUUCUCUGCACUUAUUUCUGCCCAUCAGCACAACCCCAGAUUCCUAUUUAAGACUUUACUAAAAAGUUAAAUAGCCGUUUUAUACCUCUUUAUUCUUAUAUUCUAAUCUGUCAUCACAGCAGCGAGUGACAGAAGCCCCGUUUACUGAGUUGCCAACUCUUUUCCAAUGAAAGUAGCUUCUUCUUUGUCUUCUCUCGAUUUCCUGGCAUAUUGCAAACAACUUUAAAAGGUGCAUACCGCCACCGACUGUACAAGAAUGUAUAACAUUAUGUCAUUUAAUCAUAUUUCUUAAAUUCUUCGUACCACUUUUUCCCAUUGACUUACACUGUAAAAGAAGCGGCUGUAAAAUAGUGGAUACAUUUUUUUUAACAUCACAACCCCCACGAAAUGACUCGUUUUACCAUCAGUAUUUGAUUCAUUCGGUCCAAUAACAUUUGGAAAGUCAAGAAGAAGAAGAGCCACACGAUUAAAUCAUUUUAUCCCCAUUCAAGUUAGCGGAGGGCUAAACCAGAGGUUAGCUGCUAGCUUGGCCGGUGGAAGUCUCUGGUGCGCAUGCUCUAUGGGCUGCAGCAACCCAUGCAUUCAUCUGGGUAAUUUCUUUACAGUGGGAAGUGGCUUUUUGGCUUCAUGCAACUUUCAUGGGAAUGAACAUUGUAUCCAGUUCUAAUUAUACAUCCACGAUCAGCAUCUGUUGUACUUUGUGUACUUAUUUAUUAACAGUGUACACUGUAUUUGACAAACAAUGAUGGAGUUACUUCAAAGGUAGUCCUUUAUUGUCAUGAAGUGUUUACAUCAUUUUGUCUGUGCCCGGCACAUGUAUAAUGAUUGCUGUAGAUGUAUGAUAUGUGCCAGUUUGGUUUAUUAUUUUCAUCAUCAAAGAAGGGUGUUCGGCCUAAUGAUUUGUACCCCUAGGUGCAUCUGUUAACAGAUGCUGACAGCUCUGUGGUCGUCCAGUUUCCUGCACAUGGGACUUGAUGACAAAUAAAAGAAAAAUAUAGAAUA